UUCUGGCUGGUAGGGAUUUGAACUGGAGUUGAGUUUUGUCGAUAAUGGAGAAGUACGAGGUGGUGAAAGCUAUAGGUGCUGAGGGUCAAAAACUCUAAAGAUUUGAUAAGAGAGAUUAUGAAACAUAAAUCACUUCACCAUCCGAAUGUACUCCGAUUUAAAGAGGUGGUGUUGACUCCAACCCGUCUUUGCCAUUGUCAUGGAAUAUGCUGCUCGUGGUGAACUGUAUAAGCAUGUACGGAGAGAUGGAAGAUUCAGCGAGGAUGAUAAUAUAAAGCAUGUACAGUACAAGAUCCCAGAAGACGUCAAUAUUUCACAGGACUGCAAACAUCUCCUUUCCCUUAUACUUGUGGCCAAACCAGUCGAGAGGAUAACCAUUGCAGAAAUCAAGAAACACCCAUGGUUCCUGAAAAAUCUACAAGGGGAGCUCACAGAGACGGCUCAAACUGCAUAUUUCGAGAAAGAGAACCAAAGCUUCUCCAUCCAGACUGCUGAAGAGAUCAUGAAGAUAGUGGCUGAUGCUAAAACGCAUCCGCCUGUUUCUCUACACAUUGGCGGUUUUGGCUGGGGAGAAAAGGGGAUGGGUGCAGAGAGACAUGAGGGAGAAGAAUAUUAA